GCUAAAGUAGUAAAUAAAUUUCUUUUCCUCCCUUAAGAGGAACACCUUGCAUUGCUUUCCUGUUUAAACUUUUGGGUCGCUUGUCAGACUGUUGCGGUACCAAAAUUUGUAUGUAAAAAAUGAAAUAAAAAUAUUGAUAAUAAAUAAUACGAGACAAUUACCACGUAUUUGUACCGAGGUUGAUUGAAAUUCCUGUAUCAUAUAUGUAUAGUGCAAAGUACAUCAUCCAAAUUGAUGAAUGGGGUUUCAUGGCACGGUUACCUUCGUAUGAAAUUAACCUUCUGGCUAGACCUCAAGAACCACGUCGUUUCAUAAUGCGCGCGGGAUGGCAGGGCUGGUGGGUGGCCACGUUUAAUGGGAUCUACCAAGAACUAGUAAACAUAUUAAAUAUCACUCAAUAUGUCACUGGGACUCCAGUUCCUUUCCCUUUCCAGUCAAGUAUCCUUGAAUUGUUCCUCCUGCGAAAGUCUAAACUGCGUUUAGUUGCCUUCAGACCAGACAAAUCUCAGGACAAUACAGCGGGGAAUUCCACUCAAGGCAAUCGUUUCACGUUUGCCUGCCUGUCAGGUCAAGUGAAGAAGAGGGAAAGGGAGGUGAAGUGGGUUGGGAUUGUGUCCUUGUCAAAGAUAGUAACCGUCAUCAGCCAUGGCCAAGAAGGAAGCGCAAAGUUGAUCAUAUGUUUACUUUUUAAAGUCGGUCUUAGCAGAACUUUAAGUAAGGGUCUUUGAUAUCGCCUUUUUUUCACCCGUCAUGAGGGCAGAGACAACAACAAUCCAUCUUUCCAAUGAUGAACCCAUGUCUUUGGAGGAAACCAAUCUCAGUUUCUUUUCUUUUCUUUUCA